AAAACAGAGCACGCAUCGAACUCCCUCCACCAAAGUCAACCAUCACAACGCCCCCUCCAAAAACAGAGCAGAAACAGAGAACUUUGAUGUAAGCUGAGCGUGUGGAGCCUUGAACAUCAAGAUGAAAUCAGAUACUUUGACAUUAUUUUUGGUAAAUCUAGCGGGAAUUAUGGAGAGUGCUGAUGAGACGUUGUUGCCAGCGGUGUAUAAGGAGGUAGGGGCUGCUCUGCACACAGACCCAACUGGUUUGGGCUCGCUGACUCUGUUUCGAUCCAUAGUGCAGUCUUCUUGCUACCCACUAGGCGCUUACCUGGCUCUGCGUCACAACCGCGCUCACGUCAUUGCCCUCGGCGCUUUUCUCUGGGCCGCUGCCACCUUCCUCGUCGCCAUCUCUUCUACAUUCUUCCAGGUUGCAGUCUCCCGAGGUUUAACCGGAAUCGGACUUGCCAUUGUCAUACCUUCUAUUCAGUCCCUCAUCGCCGACUCAACUGAUGAUAGCAGUCGUGGUACAGCUUUUGGAUGGUUACAUCUAACAGGAAACCUUGGCUCCAUCAUUGGUGGAUUCUCUUCUGUUCUUGUAGCCUCAACAGUUGUCAUGGGCAUACCUGGUUGGAGAAUCGCUUUUCUUGUGGUGGCGUUUGCAAGUGUCAUUGUUGGCAUAUUGGUCCGUCUCUUUGCAAAGGAUCCACUCUUUUCCAAUACUCGAGUUAUUCAUAAUCAUAAGCAUUUUUGGUCAGACUUUAAAGAGCUAAUUCAAGAAGCAAAGUCAGUCAUGAGAAUCCCAUCUUUUCAGAUAAUUGUGGCUCAAGGUGUUUCUGGAUCAUUACCUGGAUCAGCUUUGACGUUCGCCCCCAUGUGGCUGGAACUUAUAGGCUUCUCCCAUGGAAAAACGGCAUUACUUUGGGGCAUACUUUCAAUUGGUUUUUCACUCGGAGGCCUGUUUGGUGGAAAGAUGGGUGAUAUCCUUGCAAAACGCUUACCCAAUUCGGGAAGAAUUAUUCUGUCGCAAAUAAGCUCGGGUUCGGCUGUUCCUCUUGCUGCAAUUUUGCUGCUAGUAUUGCCUCAUGAUCCAUCCACAGCAUUCAUGCAUGGGCUGGUCUUAUUCAUUGUGGGAUUUUUUGUAUCCUGGAAUGCUGCAGCAACUAACAAUCCCAUAUUUGCAGAGAUAGUCCCUGAGAAGUCUCGUACGAGCAUCUACGCUUUAGAUCAAGCAUUUGAGACCAUACCAGCAUCAUUUGCUCCCACUGUAGUUGGCAUUUUGGCACAGCAUGUUUAUGGUUAUAAACUGAUUCCGAAAGGGUCAUUAAACGCCGCAGAGAUUGAAACAGAUAGACAAAAUGCUGCAUCGCUUGCCAAGGCACUCUACGCAGCCGUCGGCAUCCCCAUGGCAAUCUGUUGCUUCAUCUACUCCUUCCUAUAUUGUACAUAUCCAAGAGACCGUGAACGGGCAAGAAUGAAUGCAUCGAUAGAAUCCGAAAUGCAACGGCUAGAGGCAAAUAGUAAAGUGGAAAAGAGCCUGGAGUUAGGUGACAAUGAUGAGAAUUCAACUCUGCUUUCAUCGUUUCAUACUAAUUUAAAUAUUUAAAAUUAAAUAAUAACUAAAAUGAAAAUAGAUUUGUAAUUUUUUAAUUUAAACUUUCACUUUGAAAUUUAUCUUUUAUUUUUAUUAAAUAUUUUCCUUGUUCAGUUUUA